CUGCUGGUCCAAUCAGCUGUCUCCAGGGCGAUAAAAAAAGCCAAAAUAUAUUGUUUAUCAGACGUUGAGAGAACGAAUUCAUUUCCUAGAAAGACCAAAAGUUGCCCGCUUGUCACGAAUCGGCGUACAAGCGGAACUGAUAGCAGCAGCGCUCCCUCAGUAGAGUAAAGUGGAGCCGCUAGGGGAGGCGAGGCGCGUCGCUGUGGCCCUUCAGUUUUGGAUAUUCGGUUUCUCGUUAGCAACGCUACGCUGGCACUGGCCAGCCAACGAGCCCAAAGAUGUCGACUAAUUGGCGUGAACUCUUCCCCACCAAGCUUACCUUUGUGAUCUUCCUGCUGUACAUGUCCCUCUUCAUCGGCCAGGGAAUCUUUGUCACAGCAUCCCAGGAAUCAAACAACUCCUAUGGCUACAACACCGUAACGGUGGUACUGCUCACCGAGGUCUUCAAGCUGAUUGUCUCCACCUGCCUUUAUUGCCGAGACAACAAUCUCCGCUCCCUGGUGCGGGAUGUGCACAAGGACAGGAACGUGUUGGCCCUGUAUAUGGUGCCGGCGUUCCUGUACUGCCUGUACAACAACCUGGCUUUCGUCAAUCUGGCCACGUUCGACCCCACCACCUACUAUCUGCUGUUGCAGCUGCGCGUGGUUGUCACGGGCAUUCUAUUCCAAAUUAUCUUCAAGAAGUACCUCUCUCAGCGACAGUGGAUCUCCCUCAUUCUGCUCACGCUCGGCUGCAUGAUGAAGCAGAUUGACUUCGGGAGCUUCUACAGCGACGCCAACGACGACAGCGAGUCUGCGGCCAUCCAGCAACGGAAGCAAUCGUCUAACCAAACCGUUAUCGACGGUUAUCAGGAACAGCAGGUACACGGGAAGAACAUGUCCGGCUUUGAUUUCAGCCUGAGUGCCGUCUUCAUUCUGGCCCAGACCAUCUGCUCGUGUCUGGCGGGCGUCUACAACGAGUAUCUGCUGAAGGACAAGGGUGCGGAUGUGAAUAUCUUUGUACAGAAUGUCUUCAUGUACCUGGACUCCAUUAUCUGCAAUGCCGCGAUCCUCCUGCUGCGCGGCGAGCUCCUCGAUGCGUUCAGUCCCCACAACCUAAGCAGCAUCAUGAGAUUCAGUGUGCUGAUCAUUAUUGUAAACAACGCGGCCAUCGGCAUAGUGACCAGCUUCUUCCUCAAAUACAUGAACUCCAUUCUGAAGACCUUUGCCAGCGCCCUGGAGCUGCUCUUCACGGCGGUCCUGUGCUACUUCCUAUUCUCCAUACCCAUCUACAUGAACACCGCGCUGGCCAUAGCGGUGGUCUCCUACGCCAUCUACCUGUACACCCAGAGUCCGGUCGUCAACCUGGGCAAGGUGCGCCCGCUGGCCAAUUUGAGCGAGGCCACCGCCAAGGCCACGGACAAACGAAAGCUGCUUGACGGUGAGGGGGCCGACUCGGACCUGGAUAUGGACAUUGUGUAGAUAGCUAGUCUUAGACGUAAACUUAGAGCUGUAAAUAGUUGUGGAAAAGUGCCUGCAAAUGUUUUAAACGCAAGACGACUUGACUCUAGGCUUUGUGCAAUGGGAGGCGUGUAAAUACCAAAACUUUUGCUUUUCUAGUAGUGUUAAGAUUCUCAGCGAAACAAAUAUAUAUUUUAAUCGUAA